AUGCUACCCCGGGGGUUUCGUUUCGCCACGUUCAACGUGCGCGGACUUUGUUCUGCGUCGAAGCAACAGCAACUAGCUCGUGACAUGGACGCCUAUCGUAUUGAUUUCUGCGGACUUCAGGAGCUCAAGAUGACAACGACCGUCGAUAAGCCUCUCGGUGAUUCGCAUCGGUUUGUCAGCUUCGGUCAAGCAGAGGGCCGGCAUGGAGGUAAUGGAUUUGUCAUAUCGAACAUGCUCAACAAAUUUGUAUCAACAUUCAAAAAAAUUUCCGACCGAGUCGGAACUGUCGACCUCUCCAUUCCGCAAGGCAAGGGCAAUACCUUACCUGUUCGUUUCGUCGUGGCAUAUGGCCCCACAAACCCAGCAGCGCAGAGUAAUCCUGAGGUUCGUGAAAGGUUCUAUGAUGCCUUGUCCACAGCCUGGAACAAGUGCAGUGGAAGAACACUCGUGAUUGGGCUUGGUGAUUUUAACAGCAAGGUCGGAGCAGGUGAAGCAGCGUGUGUGGGUCAAUAUGGCAAAGGUGUAAGAAAUGACAAUGGUCAAGCGCUGGUAGAGUGGGCUAACAUGCAUCAUCUGGUGUUGGCUAAUACGCUCUUCCGCUACUCAAUGCGCUAUAGAACCACAUGGACUGGAUGCAUGGCAUCCCCUGAUGGCCUCAGGAAAAUGAUCCACAACAUGAUUGACUACAUCAUGAUCCCAAAGCGCUACAAGCCACUAGUUGUGAGAGCUCGUUCGUAUGCUGGAACCGAGACAUUCAGCGAUCAUAAAAUAGUCAUUGCGGACAUGGAACUGACUGGUCUAUACCGUGUACACAUUGCCGCAGCAGGCAAGGCCGCUGCUCCCAUCGCAAUCCAGAGACUAGAAAACGCUGACGUCCGUAAGGAAUAUCAGUCCAGCCUCUGCCAGAAACUGCGUGAACAACCUGCAUUUUGUGGGUCAUCUGACAGUGGCUCCGUGAUCAGUACCUGGGACUCAACAGCGCAAGCGGUCAUGGACGUGGCAGAGAGCACUCUUGGACGCAUGCACAGAAGCGGUUCACGCAGGGUUUGUGUACCUAAUCCAGAGGUUGAAACCCUCUCACGGCGCCAACGGGAAAUCAGAUUACUUCAGCAAUCAGGCCAUCACAAUCCAGAAGAGCUAAAGAGGGAACGGAACUGCAUCAUGCACCAGAUCAGAAAUAUUCAGCGCAGCGAUGCCAUGGAACGCCUGGAUAGGAUUGCAGAGCGGGUUGAAAAGGCACCUACAUCUGCUCAGAUGUUUACUGCAGCAGCGCAGCUAAAGAGUGGUAGUGGACAACGAUCACCAUUGAUUGUCGAGCGAGCUGAUGGAUGUAUUCUUGCUCAUGCCACAGACAAGGCCAGUCGAGUUCGAGAUCACUUCUCCUCACAAUUCAGUGCCAAAACAGCAGGUGAAAUACCACCGCCAUCACCAUACUCCCUCGCCACUCCCAUCUCCGAAUCUGAAGUCGCCACUGCCCUCAAGCGCCUGCGAAACGGGAAGGCCUGUGGUCCAGAUAAAAUCCCAGCAGAGCUCCUGAAAUAUGGAUCCGAGGUGCUAGCGCCGGUCAUAGCAAAUUUCGUCAACGCUGCGCUCUCGCAGGGUGCCAAUUUAUCGACGGCUAUUGGACCAGGAAUACUCAUACCUCUCGCUAAGCCUAACAAGCCCAAGGGUCCUGUAACCAGUCUGCGGCCCAUCACUUUAUUAAACUCUAUCCGCAAGGCCAGGAUCUAG